AUGACGGGAUCCAAUCCGGCCUACGACAUCCUGGCGAAGAGGCAGCGGAAGAAGAAAAAGAGCGGCGCGUUCGGCAUAUUCAAGGCGGCGCUCUACAUGCUGCGCAAGCGCACCGACGAGAAGAAGGAGAAGAGCAGCGGCGGAGAGUGGAAGAAGAUCAUGCACUCGAUGCGGCCGCUGCACGUGCAGGAGAUGCCGGCGUCGCCGAUGGUGCACGCCUUCGGAGCGGAUUCCCCGGCGUCGUCGUCCUCCGGCACGAUGAGCCAGUACGCGUCGGCAAAUAAUCUCCGGGAUCUGUGCAAGGAGGAUGAGGUGUUCGAUGCAAUUGAGGGAGAUGAGAUGAUCGACGCCAAGGCGGAGGAAUUCAUCGCUCGAUUUUAUAAAUCGAUUCACCACCAGAACUCAAUCCAUUGCCAAGAUAGGGGAGUUUAA